UUCAGUAUCAUUUUCCACUCCGACUGUAACGCACACCUAAAAAUAAAUAGCCCAGCUCUCACUUCCGAAACAACCCACAAGUUGAUAUAUCUCGAAGAGUAUGAUGUCGUUACGGCGUGCACAUGGCGGCGGUCGUGAUUUCCUGCAGGAGAACAAGCAAAAUGUCUCCCGAAUGGAGCCCAAUGGUCGCGGCUUGGCGGCGGCCAAUGCUCGGCGGGUGCCCCUGUGGCGUCCAGUGGUUCUUCACUAUGCAGAGAAGCUGCGUCCCCAUAUCCAGAGUAGCCAGCAGCUGCGUACACGCCAAACUCACUCCGCCGCCCAUGAAGCUCCCAAUCUGAGGAGUGGUCUGGCCCAGCCGUAUGGCUUCAAGAGUGAUCAACGUCGCAGGCAGCCACCAAAUCCGUGUGGUUGUGACUUGGAUAAGCGUCAGGCGAAGCAAAAGGAGCAGGAGCGCUUGCAGGGUGGCUGGGUGGACCAGCAAAAGGAGAAGGCGCCGAGAAGAUGCUGCCAGGGUUGCCACUGUCACCAGACCCAUCAGGGUCACCAAGGACAGAUGAUAACUCCGCAUCAGGGUCACCAAGGACAGGUAGUGGCUGACCAUCAGGGUCACCAAGCUGAGACAGUGGGUCACCAAAUCGCAGGUGACCCCGCAGUGAACCCCAAGCAGGGCGAAGGUGAUCAGGCCGAUCGCGUUUCUUUAUGCUCCCGGGUGUCCCGAAUGUCGCAUAGAUCCCAGAGGACUCCUGAUCCUUCACAGGAGAACACCGAUCCCGAGGCCCCUUUGAGUGCCCGCAGCAGGGCCUCUGCGAAGACCCUCAAGUCCAAGAGGUCCGUUUCCCAGGAGAGUAUUCGCUCGACUGCCACCAUCAAGUCGAACAUUACAGUGGCCUCGAGAGGCACCACGGUUUCGAAGAGAUCUCAAGUUAGCCGUAAGUCAAAGAUAAUGGAGGUGAUGCCGCCACCGGCGCAUUUGCAAGAUCAAAAGGUCAGGGAAAAUAAGAUGGUAGAGACCCAGGCACCGGCACAGGGACCGGAACCGGAACCGGCCCCGAAACAGGCACCUGAGGGCUAUACCCCACUGACCAAAAAUGAGCGGAAUGCGGCACUCCAGGAUGCCCACUUCAAGUAUGGCAAGCUCGUCGAGGAAUAUAACCAUUUGCCCGUUUCGGAGCCAACUCUGCGCGUGCGCAAUCGAAAAAUGGCCAUCGAACGACAGCUGGACGAACUGGACUACGCCAUUAAUAUGUUCGAUCAGCCCCAUUUGGAUAUGUAUUACAAAAAAUGAUGCUUGUUAGUGUUAAUUACCAUUUCGAAAUUGAGUUAUUUGCCAAACAAAAAAAAAAAAGAUCCUUUCUGAAAAUGAGCCCAAUAUAAAAGACUAAACGGAACCCAAUCAAUCUGAAGAAAUAACAGAUAUAGAAUCAAAAUGCUGGUUAAAGAGAAUCAAUUUGAAUCCUUUGAACAAAAAAAGCAAAACAAAAGGCAAAUGUUAUUCAAGAAUUGAUAAAUACAAGAAAGCACCCUAAAAGACAAAAAAACAAACAAACUGAAGCUUAGCAAAACCAAAACAUGUGUCAAACGUUAAAAAAUUUAACAAGUUACAUUUUAAGGCAAUUCAAAACCCCAAAAAAAAAAGAAUUUUGAAAACCAGAAAACAGGACCAUUUGAACAUUUGGAACAUUUAACAAAACCCAAAAAAAAAAUAAAUUUUAAAAGCGGCAAAAGAUUAAUUAAUACAUUUGUGUUGUGUGUUAUUUAUUCGGUAGUAUACAAAAGCUUUUCAAUGUCCGCACCCAAAAGUAUGCAACAUAUGGAAUAAU